AUGGACAACUUUUUCGCUUAUAUUUUGGUGCUUUGGCUAAGUCUGCAGCAUUUUAGAAGCGAAGCUUUGCCAGGUCCAUUUUAUUUGCCGCCCAGCUCAAACACAAACCACAACUCUGGCAAUCAGGAUGGUGCGAUCAUUACAAAACAGUUUUAUACCAUUUCGGCACCAGAGGAGCCGUUAGAUUCACAAUCGAACACCAAACACCUACUCAUUGGACGCCCAACUCGCAAUUAUCGUGUAAUUUUCAUACGCGCGCCCAGCUCCGAGAAUGCUCAGCUUAAGUACACGGCGGAACUGGCGCCGCAGGAGGAGCGCACUGUUAUUUAUGUGCUCACGCGCAAGCAGAAGGAACUGGAUGCCGAGGACAUCGUGGCGCCCACCCAGAACCAGCAGCUACAGAAGCCGGAGGUUUUCUUCAUCAAGUAUAAGACAAAUGAGGAGGCAGUGGCAGCACAGCGCGAGAUACAAUCGCAAUACGAUGAGCUGGGCGGCAAUUCCGAGCAUGCGGCGCCUUUUGUAGCACCCGUUCAGUCGGUUAUUGGUGCCUUGGACAAUGGUAACGCUGUGGUAGCCAAUAAUGUUAACAAUUCUGCCGGCUAUGAAAAUCACAAGACAAAUGCUGGGUAUUAUUAUCAGAAGCCCGCUCCAUUAACGCCACUUCUGCCGCCGUCGUUUGGACGUAGCUUCUAA